AACCCUCUCUCAUCCAGAAAUCGAGACCGGAAGCGACCUGCACUAUUUAUGCUAGUUUGCUGAAACCUACAAACUACUAAGCGGCCGGCAAUGCAGCAACGUGAAGAGAAACAGCUGGAGGCAGCCGUCGAAUCGCUGACCAGCAGAGUUGCCCAUGUGAAAAAUUCCCUGCAGAGUUUUAUCUACAAACUGGAGAAUGAAUAUGAACGACUAACAUGGCCCUCUGUGCUGGAUAAUUUUGCCCUGUUGUCCGGUCAGCUCAACACAAUCAAUAAGCUGUUGAAAAAUGAUAAGACCCCAUCAUUUCGAAACCAGGUCGUAAUCCCCUUGCUGUUGAAUCCGGACCGUGAUGAGGACCUUGCUAAACUGACAGAGCAGCGUGUCCCCGUAUUCAGUCAUGAGAUUGUGCCAGACCAUCUGAGAACCAAGCCAGACCCAGAUGUGGAGGAGCAAGAGAAGCACCUUAGUACUGAGGCUGUCCGAAUCGGACCAGAUGCUGCACAGAAACAGAUACAGACACUGAACAAACUGUGUUCAAGCUUACUGGAGAAGUUGAACAACCCUAGAGAAGAUCGGGAAUCGGAGAAUGCAGCUCUACGCCAGAACAAACCAUCCUUCAACCCCGCGGACACCACUGCACUGGUAGCAGCCGUAGCCUUUGGGAAGAACCUGUCCAAAUGCAGACCUCCUGGACCCGUGGCUCCUGGACACCCAGGGCAGGGCCCUAUGAUGACUGGCGGUCCUACCCUGCAGCAGGUCACUAUCGGCGGAGCCUCUGGCCACCAGGGGGCCAUUGGAGGACAAGGGGCCCAGCAGACUGGACAGCCUGGGAAAAUGCCGAGCAACAUUAAGACGAAUAUCAAGUCUGCCUCAGCUUCGAUGCACCCAUACAACAGAUGAGCUUCACAAAUCAAGGUCUUGGUGGAUUGAUGAGAGAGAACUGUGUUGUGUUCAUUACAUUUGUUUUUUGUGUUUACUAUAAAUCAUGUUAUGUCAUUUGUAAAUAAA